AUGGAUAGAUGUGAAUCCACUCUGGCUUUAAUGGACUUUGAACAAGUAGAACAGGAUGACUAUUCCUCAGGUUAUGAAUCCACACCAUCAGACACAGAGUCGUCUGCACCAACCCAGAAACCACAAUAUGACACACUGGUACCAACCAGCUACAACAGGGACCCAGUCAAGAUCAAAGAAAAGAUGAGUUACAGAAAUACACAAGCUUUGACAGAACAACUGAAGGUCAUCUCAUCCAUACCAGAACUUUGUGAUGUCACAUUUGAUGUUGGACCAGAACAUGUCAAAGUUCAUGGUGUCAAGGCCAUCUUGGGAACAAGAAGCAGGGUGCUGUACAAUCUUAUUUUAAAGAAACAAAAGGAAGCUGAAUUUCAGAGUAAAGCUGACAAAAAAGGAAAGCAAAAGAAAACCACAGUAAAAUCUGACAAAGUUACCAUCGUUGUGAAGAAGUAUGAACCAGAGGACUUCAGAAAGAUAAUACAGUUCAUACACAGUGGCUCUGUGGACAUCAACAGUUCAUGUGUAGCUGGACUUUUAUGUGGAGCAUCACAGUUUGGUCUGGAUGACCUUGAAAGAGCAUGCUGGGACUUUGUCAACUAUUCUGUUAAAUCAGGGACUAUCUCAAAGAUUAUACCGACUGCCAAGAGGUAUAGUCAUCAUAAAACUGGACAAAGACUCCUGGAGAAGUUUUUCAGUUAUACACAGCAACAUGUUGACUUGUAA